UCCAUUCCUCCCGGUUCUCGGCUCUCGGCGCCCGAGCGGCGUUCGGAUUGAAAUUGACUAAACACGAGAGCCCACCUCCGCCCCCCUCUCCUGGUGACACCUCCCAAAACACCUCUCCACACCGCAUGGACUCGGAAGGAUACCCAGCCUGGCUGCCCCAGCCGUCGACAGUGCGGUCUUCUACGAUGGACGUCACUUCCCCUACCCCUGAGCCCAUCCCAGGUCCGAGCUCGAAUUCGCAUCCGCCCUCGUCGUAUUUGGGUGGGAGGAGGGCCACGCCGAGGAGUGUGAGGAUCGUUAGUGAUUCCGUGUAUGGCUUGGAGGGGGAUAGGGAGAAGGAGAAGGAGAGAGAAAGACGUGUGCCGACCGAUCAUACACAAGGGAGUCACCCGCGUGUGUGGUCCCGUGCUACAGGUGCUGCGCUCUCCGCCUCACCCACAGUCUUCGACCCACCCGUUUCCCAGCCAAAAUUCCGCGUCCGCGGGCUCAAUAUCGAGUUACUCCUCAACCCCUCCCCUUUCGCUCGCGUGUACUUUUAUGUGUUUCGUGUAUUCAUCUUUGCGCAUCUUUUUUUGCAGACGUUCUUCGAUUUCAAUGCUGUGUUUAUUAUCAUUCAGGUAGCCAAAUUCCCCAACCCCGACAUCCCCGGCUCGGGAAAAAACUGGGCUUUGGGCGCAGCAGCCUACAUCUUCUGCUGGGCCCUCCAACUCCUCGGGGUCUUCCUCGUCUACGAGCUCCUCUACUCCUUCGUCCGGCGCUGGCGCGUCAAGCGCCCCUCCAUAUACCCCAUAUACCUCUCCUCCCCCGCCUUCAACUUUGUCUCCAUCCUCUCCUUUCGCAACUUUUGCUUCCUCCACUACCUCCGGUAUUCCGCCUUUCGGGGCCACGGGGGAAGCUUCCGGAUGGGCUGGCAGAGACGUUCUGGUUCUAUGCGCAGAACCUUCCGACUGGCGGGGAUCUCUUUGGCGUUGUUACUGGAGUUUUGGGAGCCGCAGGUGGGGGAAGUCGUACUCGCGGAUGCAGGGAUUAAUAAUCGGGACGGGACGUUUUUUCGUGCGGGGGGAGCGUUGACGGAUUAUGCACGUGGGGUGCUUAUUGCGAACGCUGCUUGGACGGCGUGGCGGACGCUAGUACUGUUCUUUAGCUGGAUUGGCCUGUGGGUAGUGAGCGGCCACGGCUGUGCAGGAUUCUGCGGUCCCCGCGACAGAUGGGAAGAAGAAGACGCGGAAAAGACCAUCUCAGUAUACAGCGAGAGCCCCACACUCGCUGAUACACUCCCCUGGAGCUGGCGGGAGUGUACGAAAACGCGUAUCCAAGAAGCAUACGACUUUUGUCUCACCACCACGCGUCCUGCCUCUUCUUCUCGGAAGAAGGAACUGGGAGAUACCCCAGAGCCGUUUGAGGGUAUGGAGCAGAUUAUGGCUGCGGUUGGGCUGGGGAGUACGGCGUCCCCGACAAGGAGGGGUGUGCUUACGGAUGAUUUCUUCAAGGGACCGAAAGGGGAACCCUCACCGGAGAUUGUGGGAGAGCCUGAGGCGUCUACGUCGGGAGGAGGAGGAGGGCCGCUGAGGGAGCUGCCGUAUCCGUUCACGACCAAGACCGCGCAGGUAUCCUCGGAUGACGAAAAGGUGCCCUUCCCGCCUUCUCCGUCCCUGCCAAGUGAGGAGAAGGUCACUACGGAGAAAGACACUGCCGACGACGACGACGAUGAGGAAGGGGAAGAAGAGGAAGACAUCGCCCAAGCAGAACUAGGCAUCAUCGGCAGCAGCGACAGACGCUCCUCCGGACGCGCCUCAGGGUCAAUGUCCAGCUUAGGCCACCCCGUCUCCUCGCGGUACCCUUUCCAGUUCCGGAAACCCGCCACCACGCGGGGAACGAGUCUCUCCUCUGGUACACCGCCCCGGUCCGUCCAUUCGCAUAUCUCACAGUCGACGGGGAACGUCGAGUCCUCUUCCGAUUCGCAUUCUCCAAGGUCCCAUUAUAGUACUAGCUCGGAUGCUGCGAGCCCGAGGAGCUUGGCGAUCCCUAUGCCUAUGCCGCCGAGGCAUCCCAAUCGGAGUCGAGCAGGGACGGUCCCUUCUUCGUCUUCUGGCCCGUCAGGACGCUCUAGAGCGAGGACACGAACGAGUAGCAGUAUCGGGGAACCUCAACCCGUGCCUUCGAGUUCAGAUCUGGAAGGGGGAGACGACGAUGAAGGAAUCGAAGAGGGUGACACGCUAGACCAGUCACUCCCUGAAGUAGCAGCAGAAAGCGAAGACGUCGUCGGUCUGCUGACACUCGAACCAUCCGGCUCAAACUCCCCUCGUAUACCUCUCCGCCCCUCAUCACACCGCAGCACCUCCACCUCACGCUCCAACUCCCAGAGCGGUGCGUCCUCCUCCUCGCGUUCGCGCGCAGGAUCUCUAUCCGCCGUGCGCUCCCGUACCCAGUCCCUAAUCCACAGCAUCAGCGUAACCAGUCUCGAACUCGUCCAAGGUGCCAUGCGUUCCCGCGCGGACUCGUCCAUGGCGCGGUUGGAAGAGGAUCCCAGUCCCACUCCCGGGCACUCGCGGUCAGGAAGCUCGACGGAUCCUAGUGGGAGCGGGAGUGGCGGGGAGAACUGGACGUUCGGACACCCGAUGGCGUGGCAGAGGCAGGAGAUGCGGGAGCACCGGCAACAGCAACAUGAGGAGGCGGAAGAGUAUGAGUAUGAGGAGGGACCGUAUGUUCGGGGGCAGCAGCCCUCGCCGGUCAUUGAAGAGGACUCGGAGAGCGAGUCCUCCCAUGACGAUCCUGUGCCUGUGCCUAUCGUGAUGCACGAAUCGAGGUCGGAGUGUCUGUUGGUACGGAGCAGCCCCACCCCGGACAUCAGCACCGCCGCAGCGUCAUUCGUCACCGCCCCUGCCACCAUUGAGGGGUCCACGACGACCGAAGAGAGUAUUCGGUCGGUGUCCACUAUACAUCAUAUGGUUGACCGGCCCCAUCCGAGUGGGAUGGGUGGGUACGGGCCUUUGUAGAUUAGAUUCGAGGAUUCGGUUGACUUAUUUUCGUGUUGUUUGUUUAUUCCUAACAUUGACGACCCUU